AUGUUAUCUAUUGGUGGUAAAGAGAUUCUCAUAAAGGCGGUUGCCCAAGCCAUUCCAACGUAUGCUAUGAGCUGUUUUCUCUUACCCAAAGGGCUUUGUGAUGAAAUUGAAGGCAUGAUGAGAAGGUUCUCGUGGGGGCAAAGAGAUCAAGAAUCAAAGAUUGCUUGGGUGGGCUGGAAGAAUCUUUGCAAAUCCAAGCUAAAAGGGGGCAUGGGGUUUAGGAACUUCCAAGCUUUCAACUUGGCCAUGCUAGCAAAGCAAGGAUGGAGAUUGCUCUCUAAUCCCCAUUCUCUUUUAGCUCUAAUUUACAAAGCAAAGUAUUUCCCACAUGGUGAUGUAUUGAACUCAAAGCUUAGCUGCUGCCCAUCUUAUGCUUGGCAUAGUAUUUUUCGAGCUUUAGAAGUUAUAAGGUGUGGCACUAGAUGGAGAGUGGGGAAUGGUCAGCGAAUUCACGUUUGGGAUGAUAAAUGGCUCCCUACCCCUACUACAUAUAAGGUUGUCUCUCCUCCUAGCCUUUUUGAUGAUUUUCCGAUGGUCUCAGCUCUUAUAGACCAUGAAUCUAGGAAAUGA